AUGAUGCAGGCUCGCUACUCCGUCUCGGACCCCAACGCUUUGGGAGUGGUGCCGUAUUUAAGCGAGCAGAACUAUUACCGGACGGCGGGGACGUACGGCGGCAUGGGCAACCCCAUGAGCGUCUACUCGGGCCACGCCGAGCAGUACGCGGCGGGCAUGGGGCGCUCCUACGGCCCCUACCACCCCCACCAGCCCGCCGCCCCCAAGGACCUGGUGAAGCCGCCUUACAGCUACAUCGCCCUCAUCACCAUGGCCAUCCAGAACGCCCCCGACAAGAAGAUCACGCUCAAUGGGAUUUACCAGUUCAUCAUGGACCGCUUCCCUUUCUACCGCGAGAACAAGCAGGGCUGGCAGAACAGCAUCCGCCACAACCUCUCCCUCAACGAGUGCUUCGUCAAGGUGCCCCGCGACGACAAGAAGCCGGGCAAGGGCAGCUACUGGACCCUGGACCCCGACUCCUACAACAUGUUCGAGAACGGCAGCUUCCUGCGCCGCCGGAGACGCUUCAAGAAGAAGGAUGUCUCCAAGGAGAAGGAGGAGGCCCGGGAACGGCUGCUGAAGGAGCAGCCCAAGCCCCCCGGGCUGCCCGGCGCCGACCUCCCCAAGGAAGCCUCCUCCUCCUCUUCCUCUUCCUCCGCCUCGGCGCCGGCCUCCGAGAAGAAGGUGGUGAUCAAGAGCGAGACGGCAUCUCCCGAGCUGCCGGUCAUCACCAAGGUGGAGACGCUGAGCCCGGCCAGCGGCGGGACAGCCCUGCGGGACAGCCCCCGCAGCGCCGCCUCGCCCCCCGCCGCCGCCUCCCCCGAGGGCUCGCUGCCCGAGCAUCACCCCGCCGGCAACGGGCUGCCGGGCUUCAGCGUGGAGAGCAUCAUGACCCUGCGGACUUCCCCCGCGGGGGAUCUCAGCCCGGUGAGUGCCGCCUCGGGCAGGACGGGCGCCGGUAUGCCGCUGGGCUACCCGUCGGGGCAGCCGUCGGGCUACAGCGCGGCGUGCAGCCAGGCCCUGGACACUAGUGGGAGCUACCACUGCAGCAUGCGGGCCAUGAGCCUCUACAGCGGCGAGAGGCCGGGCCACAUGUGCGUGCCCCCCGCCCCGCUGGAGGAGGCUCUGGCCGAGCACCCCACCGGUGCCCCAUCGCCCCUCGGCACCCUGAGCCUGCCGUCGGGGCAGGAGGGCGCGCUGGGGGCCGGGCACCCCCACGGCGGCGGCGGCGGGGCGGCGGGGGGGCAGCCCACCGCCUCCUGGUACCUCAACCACGGGGCUGAGCUGAGCCACCUGCCCGGGCACACCUUCGGCUCCCAGCAGCAGACUUUUCCCAACGUCCGGGAAAUGUUCACCUCGCACCGGCUGGGGAUGGAGAGCGCCUCGCUCAGCGACCACCAGGUGAGCAGCAACUCCGCCUGUCAGAUCCCCUAUAGGUCCGCGCCCUCCCUAUACCGCCACGCCGCCCCCUACUCCUACGACUGCACUAAGUACUGA